AAGCAAAAGUGCAUGUUGUUUUCAGCUGCUGUGUUCGAUCAUAAUGGUUGUGCCAAUGUCCUGGUCUUUCGGAAUAUGUUGCAAUUGUUUGGUUGUCUUGUUGCAGCUUGUAGUGGUAGCUCGUUCAGAUGGUUUUUUCAAAGAUCACAGCCGCUUGACCAAGACGCUUUUCUCUAAGUACGAGAAAGCUCUGCUACCAGCCAAUUCCACCGAUGUUGUAUCGGCGAAAAUCGGCCUGUCUUUUAUGGACUUUCACGUGAUUGACAAAGAAGAAAGCAUUACCCUUAAUGCUUGGAUGGAUAUGGAAUGGGUUGAUUUCCGUCUGUCCUGGGAUCCAUCUGAGUAUAACGGGUUGACAACACUAAGGGUUAACUACAAGAAUAUCUGGAGGCCAGAUGUCGUCCUUUACAACGCCUAUUUGCCACAAAGUAUGAACCCGACGUUUGAAGAGACUAUGGUACAAAUAACUAGCGAUGGUUUAGUCUUUUACCCGUCCCACGUGACCCUCAAGGCUGCGUGCCCCAUGGAUCUGAGGAACUUCCCAUACGAUACUCAGUCGUGUAGAUUCAAGUUUGGGUCGUGGAUUUAUAAUGGCUUUCAGUUGAAUAUCACUAAAAGGAGCCAAGUGGUUGAUUUAAGCAAUUAUCGCUUAAACCAGCGAUGGGAACUUACAAAUACUACCACGACAACGAACGUCAUUUACUACUCGUGUUGUCCCGAGUCGUAUCCAGAUAUUACCUUCAACUUAACCAUAAAGAGGCGCCCCGAGCAGUUAUCCAUGAUGUAUGUUUGUCCAGCGUUCGUUUUGGCUCUGUUGGUCCCUCUUGUGUUCCUGCAACCAUACGGUAGUGGAGACAAGACCAUGCUUGCCGUCGGGAUUCAGCUGUGCGUCCUGUCCGUGGUCUAUUCCCUCCAGGACUACAUCAACGCGGACAGGACAGCAUCUCCACUUCUAGUCAAAUAUUAUGGUUUGAUCUUCGUCUGUGCGACGGCCGCCCUGAUCACCAGUACAGUGGUGAACGCCGUCAUUGGUGGCUGUGUCAGGGGACCUCCGGAUAGUCUCUACAAGAUCUUCACCUGCUGCAGUCUGUGCCUGUGCGCGGGUGGAGAAGCUCCAGUCUCCAAGUCUGAGUCUGUGGUCAGAGAUGAAAUGUCCGAGGGUUACUUCAACAAGAGAUCAGAGGGCUCUCCUCCCAAGACGGCCCGUGCAAAGUGGACCGUGAUCGCAACUGUGAUAGAUAGGAUCAAUUUCGUUGUAUUUGUUGCUCUGAUUGGUUAUGGCAUGGCUGCUUACUUCGUCGAGAUGGCAAAAGUUUAGUGGCUGAUGAAUUAAGUAUACACCGGUAGAGAGGCCGCGUACCAUUUGUGACUCCGACUCCGACUUUAACUACGUGAAGGCCAGUUUCAGUCGUCGAGAGCAUCUUCCAUUCUUCGGAAUAAAAGAACUGUUUCCGAUUUGAUAAAUCCUUUAAUACAAUUAUAUAUGACUUUGAAAUUCCAACUUCGACAAAAGGCGUUCACGACCGUCUUGGCCGGGCUUCUCACGGCCAUGUGCACGAUUUGCGGGUUGUCACAAAUAUCAGUUUAAUUCGUCAGGACUAGGGCUGAAAGGGGUUGCAGGAGAGAGUGAGUGCGCGGCUUCGUUAAUGGAGUGUUCACGGGGCGGGACGGAGUUAAAGGUUGCUCGGUGAGGAGGGAACAUCACCUACAAUCUAAUACAAUCUUAUACAAUCUAAAGCCGAUUUUAAAAAUCAACACGUUACAAAGAUUUAUUCAUUAAAUGUAGAACUCCUGUACAUAACAUUUGGAGACGUCUCCAACUCUGAGUAGGGGCCUCGGGGGUAUCCCACUUGACGUCGUAGAGCAGCUGUCAUGGGUCUGUACCAUCUGAUUUCUAGGAUCUCCAUUUCUAAAAUUUUAUAUACAUUCUAACUGUAACAAAGACACUUAUAAUCUCAAUUGGACAGGAAAUCAGUUCACAACAUUACUUUGAAAACAAUUUGAUGAUAGAACAAAUCGAAACGUGCGUUAAGAAAAUGAAUCUGGCAAUGGAUGAUCUUAAAGUUGGCGAGUGCCAGGCAGCUAUGCACGAUGCCGAGAAUAAUCAAAACUGCAUGUAACUUACAUAUGUAGAAAAAAGGAAGACUUACAAAAAUGUGCUGUGAUUUGUAACGAUGAAAGUUUGACAACUAUGUAGAAUAUCAAAUGAAAAUAAAUUGAGACGUAAUAGAAAUUCUAUGACCUAAAAAUGGCUCGGUAUACAAAACGUUAAUGCCAUCCCAUAGUUUAAACUUCUGGCUAUGCUCAUUCCGGGUUGGUGUUCAUUCCCAGUUUCUUAGGGUAGAACCUACGUAUU